AUGGGCAACCCAAAGCUCAUCACCCUGGCCUUCUCUCAGACCGAGUCCAUGAGGAAAGGAGGAGGAAAGAGGAGGAUGUUCUCCUUUUCACUCCGUUGUCGGUUCGGGAUCAUCAGAGGGAGGACCAAAGAUGAUGGGCCAUACUCUAAGGGCAGCAAGGACUCUGGAGGGACCGAGCAUGCCCUUACCUCCAGGAGACGCAGUAUUAAAGAGGACUACUGGGGCAUGACCACGUUGGACCUGAUUAAAAGGGAAGGCAGCAGCCUGGGCCUCACCAUCUCCGGGGGGUCCGAUAAGGACGGCAAGCCCAGAGUGUCAAACCUGCGGCCAGGUGGGCUAGCUGCCAGGAGUGACCAGCUGAAUGUGGGAGACUACAUCAAGUCAGUGAACGGCAUCAACCUGUCCAAGCUCCGCCACGAGGAGAUCAUCAGCCUGCUGAAGAACAUAGGAGAGCGUGUGGUUCUGGAAGUGGAUUACGAACUACCUCCUUUUGUCCAGAACACUCCCACAAGUGUUAUAGCUAAGACUAUAGAGGUGUGCCUAUACAAGGAGGGCAACAGCUUUGGAUUCGUCAUGAGAGGAGGGUUCCAUGAAGACUGGCACAGGUCUCGUCCUCUGGUAGUGACCUACGUACGGCAUGGGGGUCCAGCUGAUCGAGAGGGCACACUGAAGGCUGGUGACCGUGUGCUGAGCAUAGGCGGGAAGCCCUUACACCGAGAGAAGCAUGCUGACGCUCUGACUAUGCUGAUGCAGUGUAGCCAGGAAGCCCUGUUCCUGAUUGAGUAUGAUGUCUCCCUCAUGGAGUCAGUGCAGCAGGCCUCUGGCCCCCUACUGGUGGAGAUAGUGAAGUGUCCUGCAGCCAGCCUGGGUGUUAGCCUAGCUACUGCUGUGUACAGGAACAAACAGGUCAUCAUCAUCGACAAGAUCAAACAAGCCAGUGUGGUGGAAAGGUGUGGGGCAUUGCAAAUAGGUGAUCUCAUUCUGUCUAUAGACGGGACCAGCACUGAGCACUGUUCCCUGAUGGAGGCCACGCAGCUAUUGGCCCAAACCUCUGACAUUGUCAAAUUGGAGAUCCUUCCAGCCAAUCAGAGCAGACUUCCCAUGAGACCCCAAGACACAGUGAAAGUACAGAAAAGCAACCUUCAACACUGGGAGCCCACUGCCAACUACAGCCACACCCAGCACUGCAAGACAUGGAGCAGUCCCAGCCACCAGCUCAACCAGCAGGACCACUGCAAAUCUCUGGUGUGUGGUGGCUUCUCCCCUUCCUCCACAGCCACCUCAGGGUACAGCAGCACCCUGCCCUGCCCCAUCCCCCCCGUCGCCCCCACAAGCCCCCACAGCACGACACACAAGAGAUGCCAGCGGAGUAAGGAGCACAAGAGCUCACUGUCCCUAGCAUCCAGCUCAGUGGGCCCUGGGGGUCAGGUUGUUCACGUGGAGACCAGCGAGGUCGUCCUGAGGGGGGAUCCACUCCUAGGGUUUGGGGUUCAACUGCAGGGGGGUGUUUUUGCCACAGAGACCCUGUCCGCCCCCCCAGUCAUCCGCUUCAUCGAGCCCGACAGCCCUGCCGAAAGAUGUGGACUUCUGCAGGUGGGGGACAGACUCCUGUUAAUCAACAGAAUCACUACAGAGGAUGGAACACUGGAGGAAGCCAAUCAACUACUGCGAAAUGCCUCUCUGGCCAAUAAGGUCACUCUGGAGGUCGAGUUUGAUGUAGCAGAAUCAGUGGUUCCAAGUAGUGGCAUGUUCCAUGUGAAGCUGCCCAAGAGGAGGGGAGUAGAUCUUGGCAUCACAAUCAGUGCAAGCAAGAGACCCGAAAAAGCUCUCAUCAUCUCUGACAUCAGAAAAGGAAGCAUAGCUCACAGGACAGGCACGUUGGAGCCAGGGGACAGGCUGCUGGCUAUCGACAACGUGCGUCUGGAGAACUGCACCAUGGAGGACGCCAUGCAUGUGCUGCAGCAGGCAGAGGACAUGGUCAAGCUCCGGAUCCAAAAGGAUGAGGAUAACGCUGAUGAGCUGGAGAUGUCUGGUUCCAUUAUCUACACAGUGGAGCUGAAGCGUUACAACGGCCCGCUGGGUAUUACCAUCUCAGGCACAGAGGAGCCUUUUGACCCUAUCGUCAUCUCAGGCCUCACCAAGAAGGGCCUGGCUGAAAGGACUGGUGCCAUCCAUAUAGGGGACCGUGUCCUGGCCAUCAACUGUGUGAGUCUGAAGGGGAAACCCCUGAGUGAGGCCAUCCAUCUACUCCAAAUGGCCGGAGAGACUGUCACCCUUAAAAUCAAGAAACGCCAAGAUGAGUCGGAUGGGCAGCAGAUGUCGGAGCAGGCAGGAUUCCCGAGCGACACAGAGGAUGAGCUGACUGACUACCAGAAGACCAGUAAACACUCAGGGGUGUACUCUGCCACCGGGCCCAGCGUGUACUCUGCCAUGAGCUCCUGGGAUGGUUCCGGCAUCGACACUGGCUACGGCAGCCAAGGAACGUAUCUCCACAGAGGUGCAGAUUUGACCUUCCAGCCUAACGAGUGGAGACGCACCAAACCGACCAGGACUCACCUCACCUCCACUGGCCUUACCGCCUUUACCCACCACUCCCACCUCUACGAUGGGAGAUACGAUGAGGAUGACUGGGAUAAGGCUGCUGGGACCUCUCCGCUAUGCAGUGCAAUGCCUGCAUUACCCCCACUGCUUUGCAGGCCACACCCGUUUCAAACCAGAAGCAGGCAUCCCCAGUCCCAGAACAGCAAGGCUCCUCUCAUGUUCUGGUUACUGCGUUGUCAUAGAUACGCCAGCCCCCCUCAUUGCCAUGGCACCCUGAACCAGGAGGACACCUUCUGGUCCCAGGCCCUGCAGGACCUAGAGACCUGCGGCCAAUCAGAGAUACUCAGGGAGCUGGAGGCGUCCAUGACAGGCAGCACUCUUAGCCUGUAUCUGGCGUCCCAGGAAGUGCUAAAGAGCAGAAUCAGUCCUGUGAAGAGGGGUCCCAUCCAUGACGAGCCUAAAACCAAAGGCAACCUGCAGAGGUCCAACAGGACCAGGGACACACCCCCCAGAGGGAGAGGAGAGACCCAGGAGACCACUUCCCCUACAGCCCUGGAACUGCUGAAGGUGACCCUGAGGAAGGACCCAGACUGUGGAGACUUUGGUUUCAGUGUGUCAGAUGGUUUCCUAGAGAAAGGCAUCUACGUCAACAUGAUCCGACCAGAUGGUCCUGCCAACCAGGCCGGGUUGAAACCCUAUGACCGCAUUCUGCAGGUGAACAGAGUGAGAACCAGAGACUUUGACUGCUUCCUGACUGUUUCUCUCAUCACUGAAGCAGGAGACAGCUUGGACCUGGUCAUCAGCAGAAACUCCCUGGCACAGGCAGAUAAGGGGCCACCUCAGGACUGCGAGGACCCUUCUGACUCCCUGUUAAGCUUCCUACAUUAUAGGACCAAUAGUAUCGCCCUGUGACAAAGGUCCAAGGGGGAGGUAAUGGAUAAUAGCACGUUCAAAUGGUGUUACACAUUAUACCAUGUGACAUGUAGGCACUGCACGUCUCACACACUGGUUUUGUUAUAUCUCUUGUACAUACACACAGAAUCACAUUCAGAUGUGAGAAUACAUGUGUAUGUGAAUAAACACACAUUCAGUCACUAAUUCACACUCCCACACACAUACAUUUGCCGUGACCAAUGUUAGUCAGUGUAUUCAUGUGAUCUAGAGCAGAGAAGGCUCAGUCAGGCUUCUGGGGCUGUUCAGGCAGAACCACAUGUAGUUACGUAACAGCUUCUGACUCAGCCUGCUCAACUCUACAGAAAUCCCAGAGAAACAAACACACACUUCCCUCUCAGAGAAGGUGUGUUCGGGAUACAGCACCAGCACAGUGUUUUUUGUUUUUGUUCAACAAAAAGAAAAGUGAAAUGUGUGCAAUUGUGACCCUCUGUGACCUCUUGCUGGGGAAUGGUGGAGUUGCACGUACACACACAUUUGACACACGAACGUGCGCACAUGUGGGUGUUGGAGGAGUCCAGGCAUGCUGUGCUGGACUAUUAUUUUAGCCAUGUCUUGGCUGGCUGCCCUUUCCUUCCCUUCAGCCCGGCCCGACCUGGCCAGCCAGCUCCCCUCACUGUUAGCGCCACAGAAAUAGGUAGAAUGCUAAGCUGGCGUUCACUGUUACUUGCCAAGUAUUGCAGACAUUUCUAUUUUAGAUACCCCACACUCUGUCCUAAAGUCUAAAGUGUUUGUGAAAAUUGAUUUGGGUCCAAGUUUGAUGGCCGUCACGUGAGGACAAAUAUUUACCAAGGCCUUUUUUUAUCACACCUUCAUUGUUGCCGAAGGUUUCUUUCUCUUGUUACAUUUCUCACACCAUGUUAUUAGCUACUGGGUAGACUGAGCAGGCAUUUGUCAUUCAUUACUUUUUGGCAUCAGCGUUUUUGUUUCAAGGUUCUUGUCAAUGGUUUUACCUAAUCAAGUUCACUAUAUUUCUGAAACCAAACCACUCACCGUUUUUGCUUGUAUGCACUAGUCGGUCACCUAAAUCAGAUCCAUGUACUGGAAUUGACGGGCUUUAUCACUCAAUGUUUAAAUAUAUUGUACAACUAAUGGUGAUAAUGCCACAUUCUUUGUUUUGAAAAGCUGUGUUUCACACUCUAAAGGAGUGUUCCUUGUCAUUAGAACAUAGUAUUCUGAUUAUGUUCCGGAGCUCACUUUUCUCCUACACCUCUUUAACAUUCUACCCUCAAUAUCAGCAUAUCUUGUGAGGCCAGGUGUUUUUCCUGACUAGUAAAACCUCUUGGCCCUAGUCCUAUGCAAACAUGUUUCAGAAGGCAUUACACCAGAGGUACUUACAGUACAGUAUCAACUCUCAGGUGUACAGUAUCAACUCUCAGGUGUACAGUGGUUUCUCUACAAAAACCCUCAUAAGUGAAUCACAUCCCCUGACAAAUGUGUAACGAAAUACCUUUCAGUUGAGAUGAUUAAUGAUUUCAUUUGAACCUUUUAAACCCAUUUUAAUGUAUCUGUUGAGUUUUAGCCCUCAACACUCCAUAGGGUAUGGACUUUGAUUGGAGAGUAUUUUCCCCAGCUUCCAUGGCUGUCUCUCCCAUCAUAGUAAGCAUAAACAUGUAGCUAUAGGAUUUAAUGUCCCACCCAUAGAAAGCUUGCGUUGUUCACAAGGGGGAAUUUUAAAGCUUUUCUCUGCUGAACAAUUGCCAUCUCUGUCCUGCUCAAUCAGACAGAACCUUCUCCAGAGCUGUUCCUAUUUUAUCAUGACAUGAUGUUUUUAUAAAGCUCUUACGCAACACGUCUCGCCCUGGCCUGCUUACCAAGUUGCCUCAGUGGAAAUACGAUUUGUUUCAUGUCAUGUAAUGUCUGGGGAAGAGAUGUGAGACUGCAGAAUCAUGCUGUCCCGUUCAGGACUCAACUCACUGCUUUUUAAUCCUCCGAGAGGAAACAUGUUUUAAGAAUGUUUUUAUGUUGCUCUCAAACGGUCAUACAUUUGAUACAGAUACCUGUUUUUGGUUCUACUGUUUUUAUUUGAACUGACGUUCUGCAUGUGUGGUUUUGUAUGUAAGAUGUGACUUAGUGCACUGUUUUCUGUACAGUUCUUCUGUUUACAUUGUCCCCCA